GGUCAUAGUUCAUUAAUAUGAUGCAUGAAAAAAUUUGAUUUAUAUAAUUGAUAAAAAUCUAAUAAAUUUAGUAGUAUCGCGAAAAAAAAUUUUUUUUAACCUUCUAUUUUCUCUUUUUUGCUUUUACAUGUUCACAAUGUCUGAAGAACAGUUAUGUUCUAAUGAUAAUGAAAAAUAUUAUUAUGAUGAUUUUCAAGAAAGGGAAGAUAAAGUCAAUGAAGCACUAAAUAAUUUUUCUCAACGCUCUUUCACACAAAGGGGAAUCGUAAAAGAAUCAUUGGUAUAUAAUCUUUUAGAAACGGCAAUGGAUAAAGGACGCGAAAUUUUUCAACACCCACGUGAUUAUUCUAAACCGAUUAUCAAGUCGGUUAGAUAUGUUUGGAAUAAUUUUCCUCCUCUAAGUUGGUUUGGUUAUGGUGUAGCAGUUUUAAAUGUUAUUCCUUUAGCCAUUUUAAUCACCUUUCUUAUCGGUACUCUUACUCUUGUCUUAUUUGUCAGUGGAAUGGGUAUUUUGUUGGCAGAAGGAUUUUUCGUUGGGAUUGGUUUGUUAUUCUUUGUUCCUGUCGCACUUUUUUUAACCUUUUCAGCAAUCUCGACCACUUUCUUUACCGUUUCUAUUUGGAGUGUUUACAAAAUGGCAGUUUAUAUUUUACAUAAUAUUGGUUUGUUGGGAGGAGAUACUCUAUAUGAUGAACAAAAACAACAAAAAAUUCAAGAGGAGGAAGAAUAACAAAUUAUCUGAUCUUUAACGAUUGUAUUAUGUUCAUUUGUAACGUUAGUGAGUUUAUCUGAAUCAUAAAAUGACUCCUUGAUUUACUACAAAAUAGCUUUGCUUCUUGCUGUAUAAUUAGUUUUAUUAAAUAAAUAUUUCUUAGUAAUCUUCAACCUAAUAAAAAU